GAAUCGGAGAUCUAAAUAGGGCUUACUCGAACCCACUUAGCUAACUCUAUUGACAUUUGGGCACAAAAGGCAAUGAGUUUUGUUGUGGCGAAACUGCGGAACGCGAAUAAUUUCUCCAAGUUUUACUCUCAAUCUGCCGCCAGAUGCCGCCCCAAGAAAACGAAAACCCCCACACCACCGCCUGUCGAGAGCAGCGUUCGAACCCCUGGUGGUCCCCUCAAGUAUGCUGGCCUCAUCGCAAUUGCUAAGAAACACAAAACAAACUUCGUGAAGUUGGCUAUUAUGACCGGAGUCCUGCUGACAAGCUUACGAUCUAUGGGCCAGAAGUACCGCAUUUACGUGCUCACAGAGGAUGCUGUCGCCCUCAAAGAAGAGCAGGAGAGCAUCACUGCGCGCAUGAAUCACAUUAAGGAGAGCCUAUGUGCUGAGGCUGCUGCCGAGCCCACAGGAGCUCUUGAAGCUAGGCUUCGCCUCCUCCUCGGGGACGAAUGAUGCCCCCAUUCCUUCUUAUCCUUGUGGGAAACGUAGUUGCAAUGAGGAUUUUGAACUGAGAUUACAUAUCUUUAUUGCCUUCUUCUUUUGUUGGAUUUGAUGGUAAGUUUAUGAAAGGUUUGAAAAGCUUAAAAUUGA